AAGAGCUCGCUAGAGACACUAACACAUUUAAACAGCAAUAGAAGAAAAAGUCACCUCGCUUUAUAAGACAUCACUGCGCUCAUCUGAUCUCACUUCCUGUUCAUCUCGGUUGGGGUCUGUGCCUGACAUCUGUUGCCAUGGCGGAUUUGGCGCAACUUCGGAAGGAGGUGGAGGACCUUAAGGAGCAGAUCGCUGCGGCACGUAAAUCAGUGCAGGAUGCCACACUGAAGGAUAGCGUCUCAGGAACAGCGUCGCUGUCAAAGGUUCAGCUCAAAACCAGGAAGACACUGAGAGGACAUACGGGCAAGGUCUACGCCUUGCAGUGGGGCACAGAAUCAAAACUAUGUGUGAGCGCAUCUCAGGAUGGCAAAAUGAUCAUAUGGGACACCCAGACCUCCAACAAGGUGAAUGCCAUCUCAUUGAAGUCUUCCUGGGUGAUGACGUGUGCAUAUUCACCUUCAGGAAACCUGGUGGCAUGUGGGGGUUUGGACAACAUGUGCUCUGUCUACAACCUGACGCCAAAAGAUGGCCAAAUUAAGGUCAUCCGUGAGCUGCUUGGACAUGACGGCUAUUUGGCUACCUGUCGCUUCCUGAAUGACAAGGAGAUCAUUACCGGCUCUGGAGACAAUACCUGCUGUCUCUGGGACAUCGAGACUGGGGAACAGAAGACGACUUUUGCUGGGCACAUUGGUGACUGCAUGUCAAUGGCUUUGUCUCCAGACUUAAACUUUUUUAUUUCAGGAUCAUGCGACUACUCAGCCAAACUGUGGGACAUACGAGAGGGACAGUGCAAACAGACAUUCUAUGGCCAUGAGAGUGACGUAAAUGCAAUUGGGUUCCUCCCCAGUGGUAAUGCAGUGAUCACUGGCUCGGACGACUCGACCUGCAGGCUGUAUGACCUGCGCGGCGAUCAGGAGCUGGCCACUUACAAGGACUCCAACCUGAUGAGCGGUGUCACCUCCCUCGCACCCUCACUUUCUGGACGCCUCCUCCUGGCUGGCUAUGAUGACUUCACCUGCAACAUCUGGGACACGCUGAAGGCUGAGAGAGUGGGAACACUGUCAGGUCACGAUAACCGAGUGAGCUGCCUCGGUAUGGCCACUGACGGAAUGGCUUGCUGCACAGGAUCCUGGGAUAGCUUCCUGAAGGUCUGGAACUGAAACACCUUCUGAACAAGCCACACGAAAAGAGGAGAAACAUGAUUCAGGGAACCAUCUAAAUGUACAUGGGCAGAAAGUGGGAGAUAGGUG